GAAGCGAACGGCUGCGCUUUACUGCUGCUGAAAGCGGGCAUCCCGCUCUGAAGGCUCGGGUGAGACCGGCCGGACCUUGUUCUUUGGACGAGGAAAACGGGCUUUUUUCCUGGACUAACGGGGGGAGACCCAUUUGCGGGGCCGCCAUGGAGGUGAGCGCCACACGGACGUCGUCGAGCGACAUCGCGGACCUGAACAGUCAAGACGCCCAGACGGUGUGCGAAGCGCUGGGCCGCUACGAGGAAACGCUUCGCGGCGCCGUGAAGGAGAUCCACGUGGAUAUCCAGGUCUUUAAGAACGGCGUGGACCGACAGGUGGCCGAAGUGUUGCGCUUGGCCAACCCGCUAGCCAGCACCGUAGCCGAACUCCAGCAAGAGAACCAGCAGUUGCGGACGCAGGUCGAGCAUUUAGCUCAGCAGGUGGAGAUCCUCAGCCGGGCAGCUGGACUCUCGGACGUCUUGAUUUCCAAGCCGGUAUCCCCGACGGCGGCCGCGGCAUCGCCGAGGCUGGGAAGCAGCAGCAGCAGCAACAGCAGUCGCUUUGCUAGCCACGCUAGACUGUCCCUUUCCAGCAAGAGCCAGAGUUUGGACAUUGAGGAUGAAAAGAACUUUAUGAGCAAAAGAACUCCUGAUUCAGCCAUAACCGAGAAUGGGCAUCAGUUGUCAGGAGAUUCUCCUCUUGAGGCACAUGCUCCAGCCAAGUCUUCGCGGAUGCCCCACCAGCCUGUUACUGCAGUAACCAGAGUAUCGGAAGCAUUUUCAGGAGAAACUGUUGGAUUGCCAGUUGUGCCAAACUCUCCCGGUGGGCAGCAGAGCGAUGCUCAUAAUGAGGCUGUGUCUAAAACAUUGAUUCAGUCAGAUAUAAAAGGUGCUAGCAGUUCGACCCUGAGCACUGCGAAGAACUGGAAUGUGAGUUCAGUGAGGACAACAAAUGCUUCCUUUACUUCAGAUAAAUUUUCUUCGGGGACAAAAUCCACAUCGACUGUAAACUAUGGAAGCCAAUCUAGUGAAAGUGUCGCCACAAGCCAACAAACCCAGGCUUCAAAGUCCCACUCUUCACCUUCUUCAGUCCAUCGACAAGUGGAAAAGCGAAGGGAGCUGGUGAGAUCUCAGACCCUGCCCCGGACCUCAGAAACUCAAUCUAGAAGAGCACUCUUUGAGAAGUUCGAGCAGGAUGCUGGAAAGGGGAAGAGUGUGGGCCGGACCAAACUCAAGAGAUCCCAGAGUUUUGCAGUUGCCAGUGCCAGCAGCAUCAAGCAAAUCCUCUUGGACUGGUGCCGGUCCAAAACUAUUGGCUACAAGCACAUAGAUCUGCAGAACUUCUCCUCUAGCUGGAAUGAUGGGAUGGCUUUCUGUGCACUGGUGCACUCUUUCUUCCCCGAAGCAUUUGAGUACCACACGUUGGACCCCACCAAGCGCAAGGAGAACUUUGAACUGGCAUUCACAACAGCUGAAAAAAUGGCCAACUGUGACCGCUUGAUUGAAGUGGAGGACAUGAUGCUGAUGGGCCGCAAACCAGACCCGAUGUGUGUCUUCACCUAUGUGCAGUCUCUCUACAACCAUCUUCGGCGCUUUGAAUGAAUCCAGGAAGGCCAUGACUCUUAGAAUGGGACUGCUCCACAACUGCUUUUGUGCUAAUGUUUGGUGCUGCUAUACAGCUGCUUGCCAUCCCUGCCGAGGGAAGUCCCAGGCUGCUGGACACAGCCACAAGCCAAAGAGAAAGAAAAGAUAAAAACAGUCAAGAUUCCUGGGCAGCUAGAGCUCUUGCUGAAAAAAGAUAAAGGGCUAGCAGUUCCUUCCUUGUUCUCUCUAGGCAGCUGUGAAUAGAGAUUCUUGUUCCAAGAAUUUUCUUUUAACUGUAUGUGCAAGCUGACUUGACCAAAUUGACCUAGAAGGAUAAUUCAAGCAUGAUCUCCCCUCCUCCUC